AUGAGCCAGGAAAGUGAUGUCCCCAAAGAGUUGCUUGCCGAACAGAAAGCUAGCGAGCCAGUCGGAGAAGAGAUAAGCAAAGACCAGAAAAAAGCCCUCGGGAACUUUCGGGACCAAGUUAGAUACAAAGACUACAAAGGACUUGUUAAGACAUUGCAGACUCUCGAGCCGGUGGUUAAAGAUCCCAGUCGCCACCGCAUUCCCGAGAAGUAUGCCAGUAAGUACGAAAUGAUCCAAGAGAACGUUCUCCUGCUCAAGAACAUUAUUAUUAGUGACAUCAAGUACAGUAUUUCGAAUGAGAAGGCUCUGGACAAAAACGUUGUGCUGUUGUCCACCCUUUUAUCGGACAAGUACACUACUGAUGUGCAAACUUCAAUUGUGACUUGGAUGUCCAACACUACCCUAUCUAUCUACACCAAAGAAUUGCAAAAGAUCGAGAAACUAUCAGAAACAGCGAAGGCCUUGGAAUUACUGCUUAUGAUUAAGGACAAAGUUGGCAUCAAAAGUGCCCACCUACCUAUCUGGUGGAGUAUUUCCAAAAUAGUUCUGGGUGAUCUUGCCAUUAUUCUCAAGAACAAGCUUAUCCGGGUAAUUGAUAAGGGCGGAUUUUCCGAUGAAGAGUACUUAACAAGCUUCAAGGAGUGUGUUGAAUUCGAACGGGUUUACUUAGUCCCCCGCACUAAAAGCAAACGAGCCGGCUCGCCCAAAGAAGUAACCGCUCUCAAACUUUCAGAAACUUCACCUAAACACCUCCAAUUAUUGGAAGACAUUUCUAAUGAGCGGCCACUCUGCACGGAAGAGGUCAAUGAGAACAGUCUGUCUUUAGCGUUUAUUCCCUGUAUUGACAUCUAUAUUAAACACCAUCUUAGCAGUCUUGAGAAGCACAAGUUUGUUUUCUUAGAUAAAGAUGUUCAUGCCACUAUCUAUGACACGUACACUACUCUCACUAAUUUCCUGGCCAAACUAGCUUAUUUCAAAUUCCCAAGUGUCGGCCAUGCCUUCCUUUCCCUCGUUGAUGCCACCAUUGCCAAAAUCAUCAUUCGCUCGCCCUUUGCCAAUGCCGAGAAGAACUUCAUUUCCGGGAUUGAGUCCGUUUAUUAUAUCAAAGAAACCAGCGAACAAAUGGCCCAGCACUUAGAAGAGCUUUUCGGACUAGGCAAUCUCUCCUCUGACCAAACCCUAGCCGCCCUUGAUGAUCUUGCCAACCGAAUAUUUGCCUCCUACUCCGUCGCCAUGCAACGCAGAUUCGUCUUCAUUACCAAACAAACCAUCACCAACCAGUCCCUGCAAAAACACCUCGAACCCCUUCUAGCCACUCUUCUCCCCGAAAUAGAAGCAUUCGCCCAACUAACUUUCACCAACACCCAAGAGAUCAUUGAAGAAUGGCUGGAAGUUCUAGGUCAGUCGAUUAUCAAUGUCCUCUCCGAUAUUAAACUCAAAGCCCACCAAGCCGAAUAUCUCCUCUGUUUCAUGUCCGCCCUUGAAGUCCCUAUCAAAAACGCUAUCUUUACUCAACUUAACCAAGAUAUUACCAUUACUACUCUAGAUCGAGCCAAACUUUAUUUAAAGCUCUUCCUUAUCUCCCCAGAGAUGCACUCAGCUUUCAUUGACAAUUUCCACAAACUCUCCAACGGCCUCUUCCACUUCCACCAAGUCCUCGCCAAAGUCUCCAAAAAGACCCACCGUAAACUCAUUGAGGAGUACAACCGCACUAUCGCCGCCAAGCAAAAGGACCCCCAACUGGUCUCCCUAUAA